AUGCUGCCAUUGGUGCUCCUUAUGGGGCUGGGGUACGCCCUGUUCGUGCUGCCGCAGCAGAAAAAGGACCGGGCGUACCGCGAAAUGAUCGCCAAUCUAAAGGAAAAGGACCAUGUCCUGACUUCCGCCGGCAUCUUUGGGGUGGUCACCAACAUCCAGCGUGACCAGGACCGGGUCACCAUCCGCAUUGACGAGACCAACGGCACGAAAAUCCGCAUCGCGACCUGGGCCAUCUCUGACGUAAUCACGGAUGACAAGUCGGGCGGCCCGCCGCCGUCCGCCAAGGACACGCUCGCCCAGGAGGGCGAUCAGGCCACCACGGCCGAAGUGGCGCCCGCUGACGAAGCGCCCGCUGAAGCCGAAGAGGACGACGCCUCGGCAUCCGAAGAAGCCUCUGCGGACGGUUCGCAAGCUGACGAGGCUACGACGGGAACCGACGAGGCCGCUGAGCCAACGGUUGACCCUUCGUCGGAAGACGCCACCGCGGCCGACGAAACCGCGACUGAAGCUGCCGGCGAAGAAACGACUGCCGCGCAGGACGCCGUCGCUGACGGGGAGGCGGCGACGGGCUUUGAUUGGGCCAACGCGAUCCUCAUUCUCGCCGUGCUGGUGAUUCCGGUGGUGUUUGGCAACUGGCUUGCCGGCAGGCUUAAAAUGCCGGACCACGGGUGGAAGAUCAGCCUGGUCCUGGCCUCGGUCGCUAUUGGUGUCCUGAUUGUUACUACCGGGCAAUUCAAGGGCGGAACCGACCUGAGCGGCGGCACCACGCUGGUCUACGAGAUUGCGGACAAGGACCGCAUCAUCGACGGGGAAACCGCUAAUCAAGACCUGGAUGCCGAUGGCGAGGGCAAGCAGAAGGUCGAGAUCGACCAGGUAAUCAACGCCCUGAAGAUGCGGGUCGACCCGGCCGGCACCAAGGAGGUGGCGAUCCGCUCCUACGGCGACGACAUCGAGGUGAUCGUUCCGCACGCCUCGUCGCAGGACGAGCUGAACCACGUCAAGCGGAUGCUGACCGACCUCGGCGAGCUGGAAUUCCGCAUCACGGCCAGCGACCGCUGGCCGGCCGACCGCCCCAUUAUCGAGGCUGCCCGGCAGCUUCCCCCCAGUCAAAAAAGCGUUGAAAUCGGCGGCCAGGAACGUGGACGCUGGGUCAAAUUUGACGAGCGUGAGUUCGGAACCGGCGAGGGCCGGCUGGUCACCCGCGAGGCGGGGUCCCGACGCGAGGCCCUGGUGUUGAUCGACCCACUGAACGUCACCGGAGAGUACCUGACCAGCGCCCGAUCCGACAUCGACGAGACCGGCCGCCCCGCGGUGAGCUUCCGCUUCGACGCGGCGGGCAGCGCACGCUUCGGCCGCCUGACCGGCGACAACCUGCCCAACGCCUCGGGCGAGCAGCGGGCGCUCGGCAUCAUGCUGGACGAGGAGCUGAUCUCGGCUCCCGGCAUCCGGUCGCGGAUCACCAACAAUGGCCAGAUCUCUGGCGGGGCCAUGACCAAGGACGACGUCGAUCGCGUCGUCGCGGUGCUGGACGCGGGCAGCCUGCCGGCGGCCCUCAACAAAACGCCCAUCAGCGAAGAGACCAUCAGCGCCACGAUCGGCGAGCAGACCAUCAAGCAGGGCAGCUACGCGAUCACGGUGUCGCUCAUUGCCGUGCUGAUCUUCAUCGUGCUGUACUACCGUUUCGCCGGAUUGGUGGCCUGCCUGGCGCUGGCCAUCAACUUGCUUCUGGUGCUGGCUCUGAUGGUCCUGUUCGGCGCAGCGUUCACACUGCCCGGAUUGGCCGGCCUGGUGCUGACGGUCGGCAUGAGCGUCGACGCGAACGUGCUGAUCUUCGAACGCAUCCGGGAGGAAAUGGCCCGGGGCGCCGCGUUGCGGAUGGCGAUCCGCAACGGCUUCGACCGCGCCACCACAACCAUCGUGGACGCCAACGUCACGACGCUGAUCACGGGCGUCGUGCUGUACGCCAUCGGCACCGACCAGAUCCGCGGCUUUGCCGUGACGCUGAUUCUAGGCAUCCUGAUGAGCAUGUACUCUGCGAUCUUCUGCUCGCGGGUGGUGUUCGACAUCGCGGAGCGGAAGCGGUGGAUCAAGACGCUUAGCUUCUCGCAGAUCGUUGGCGCCACCAACUUUGAUUUCAUCGGCAAGCGGGGGUUGGCGGCGGUGCUGUCGGUGGUGAUUAUCGCCAUCGGCCUGUUCAGCGUGUUUGGACGCGGCGACGGCAUCCUCGACAUCGACUUCACCGGAGGAACCAGCGUCACGCAGGUGCUGGCCGACGGGGUGGACAUGGACGUGACCGAAGUCCGCGGGCGCAUUGCCGGAAUCAAGAUUAAAGAGGACGAGGCCACGACGCUCGGCGACAAGAACCUGACGGUCACGGAGCGUGGUGUGGACGGCAAGCGGUUCACGGUCCGCACCAGCAUCGAUGACGUUGAAGCCGUCAAGAAGAUGCUGGCCGACGCCUUCGGUGACGAGCUGCUGAAGAACUCGGUCGAGAUCGGCAAGGUCGAGAGCUACACCGAGGGUGAUUUUGACGGUUCGCAGGUCGAGCUAACCUUCAACGAGGGCGAGGCGUACACGGCCGACGAUGGCUUCUCGCACGCGUCGCUUGUGGAGCGAGUGAAGGCCAUUCUCGAGCAAAUGGGCGCCAAGAUCGACCCGGUGCUGGAGAACCCCGAUCACGUCGAGGACAGCAACCUGCGAUACAAGACGUGGACGCUGAAACUGCAAGGGCAAGACGCCGAGCAGACGCUGGCGGUCGCCGAACAGCUUCAGUCGGACCUUGCCGAUCAGCCGAUCUUCCCGCUGGCCAAUAAGAUCGGCGGCAAGGUAGCGGGCGGCAUGCAGCGCAAAGCGAUCCAGGCGAUUGUGGUGAGUCUGCUGGGCAUCAUUGCCUACAUCUGGUUCCGGUUCCAGAACAUCGCCUUCGGCUUGGCGGCGGUGGUCGCGCUGGUGCACGACGUGCUAGUUACCCUGGGCGCGGUUGCCGUGUCCGCCUACGUGGUCGAGAUGGUCCCCGGCCUGGCGUCGGCACUGCAGAUCGAUUCCUUCCAGGUCAGCCUGACGCUGGUCGCCGCGUUCUUGACAAUCAUCGGCUACUCGCUGAACGACACGAUCGUCAUCUUCGACCGCAUCCGCGAGGUGCGAGGCAAGAGCCCCAACCUGACUGUCGACAUGGUUAAUGCAAGCAUCAACCAGACGCUCAGCCGGACGCUGCUGACCUCCGUCACGACGCUGAUCGUGGUGAUCCUGCUGUACGCGUUCGGUGGCCCCGGCAUCCACAGCUUCGCCUUUGCUCUAGUCGUGGGCGUGAUUGUGGGCACGUACAGCACCAUCUUCGUGGCCUGCCCGGCGCUUCUGGCGAUGGUCGGCGUUUCGCCCGACCCAGCCGCCAAGGGGAAGAAGUCGUCCUCAGCGGACGCGGCCUAG